UAGGAAAAUCAAAAAUUAUCACUAUCGGAUUAAUUACAAACUUGAAAGCUGAAUCUAAAAAAGCCGAAUAUGUAUCCGACAGCUCCUCAGCGUCAUCCAGCGUCUGCGGGACCGCCUCCGCAAGGCCCAAUAAAAUUUACAAUAGCAGACACAUUAGAAAGGAUUAAAGAAGAAUUUAAUUUUCUACAAGCACAAUAUCAUUCACUUAAAUUAGAAUGUGAAAAAUUAGCAAGCGAGAAAACAGAGAUGCAGAGACAUUAUGUAAUGUAUUAUGAAAUGUCAUAUGGAUUAAAUGUAGAAAUGCACAAACAGACGGAGAUAGCAAAAAGACUAAAUGCACUAAUUGGACAGAUUGUGCCGUUUCUAGCAAGUGAACAUCAACAACAAGUGGCGCAGGCUGUGGAGCGUGCAAAACAAGUGACAAUGCCAGAGCUAAAUGCAAUUAUAGGGCAACAUCAACAACAGGGAAUUCAACAACUUCUACAACAAAUACAUGCACAACAGAUUCCAGGAGCACCACCUCAGCCUAUUCCAGCAUUAGGAGCAUUAGGACCAUUAGGUGCUUUUGCCGCUGGUCCAAUGGGACUUCCACAUGGUCCACAAAGUCUACUCAAAACACCACAAGAUCUUCAUCGUGAAGAUAUUAAGCCACUUGCAGGACCAUCAGCUGAUGAAAGAUUGAGAAAUUCAGUGUCACCAGCAGAUAGAGAAAAGUACCGAUCACGUUCACCACUUGAUAUUGAUUCUGAUGCAAAGCGUCGGAAAGAAGAAAUUAAAGUGAAUCAUGAAAGCGAUGGUGAAAAAAGUGAGCAGGAUUUGGUUGUGGACAUCGCAAAUGAUACGGGUUCACCUUCACCUCGAGCCAAUGGUGAUCAUUCGGAAUCACGGGAUCGUGACAGUAUUGGAUUAAAUGGAGAUAGAAAUGGUGAUAAAGCUGGAUCUAGUAAAUUAAAUAAUGAUCGUCCACCAUCACGUUCUGGCUCUAGUUCAUCACGUUCAACACCAAAUCUCAAAACAAAAGAUCUCGAUAAGCCUGGAACCCCAGGUGCAAAAGCACGCUCAACAACACCAAAUUCAACACCAGGUGUUCCACCUAAAGCUGUCAUACCAUCACCAGCUGGAUAUCCUUCAUCUCCUUAUCAACGACCUGCUGAUCCUUAUCAAAGACCACCACCAGACCCUUAUGGACGAAUUCAACAACUUGGCUACGAUCCACAUUCACAUAUGAGAACAAAUGGAUUACCUUUGCCCGGAGUUGGAGGAAAACCUGCAUAUUCAUUUCAUGUUGUAUCAGAUGGGAAUUUACAGCCAGUUCCCUUUCCACCAGACGCCUUGAGUGGUCCAGGAAUUCCAAGACAGGCCCGCCAAAUCAAUACAUUAUCACAUGGGGAAGUAGUAUGCGCUGUAACAAUAUCAAAUCCUACAAAAUAUGUGUACACGGGAGGAAAAGGAUGCGUGAAAGUGUGGGAUAUUUCACAGCCGGGAAAUAAAAGUCCAGUUAGUCAGCUUGAUUGUUUGCAACGAGAUAAUUAUAUUCGCUCUGUAAAAUUAUUGCCCGAUGGCAGAACACUAAUUGUGGGUGGUGAAGCAUCUAAUUUAAGUAUCUGGGACUUGGCAAGUCCAACGCCACGAAUUAAAGCCGAAUUAACAUCUGCAGCACCAGCAUGUUAUGCCUUAGCCAUUUCACCUGACUCCAAAGUAUGUUUCUCAUGUUGUAGUGAUGGAAAUAUUGCUGUGUGGGAUCUCAACAAUCAAACACUUGUGAGACAAUUUCAAGGCCAUACCGAUGGUGCUUCAUGUAUUGAUAUUAGUCCGUGCGGUUCUAAAUUAUGGACAGGUGGUUUAGAUAAUACAGUGAGAUCGUGGGAUCUAAGAGAAGGACGACAACUUCAGCAGCACGACUUUAGUUCGCAAAUCUUCUCACUGGGAUAUUGUCCGACAGGUGACUGGCUGGCUGUUGGAAUGGAAAAUUCACAUGUUGAAGUACUUCAUGCUACAAAAUCAGAAAAAUAUCAGCUUCAUUUACAUGAAAGCUGUGUUUUAUCAUUACGUUUUGCAACCUGUGGAAAAUGGUUUGUAUCAACGGGUAAAGAUAACUUGCUUAACGCUUGGAGAACACCGUACGGAGCUAGUAUAUUCCAAUCAAAAGAAACAUCAUCGGUGCUUAGCUGUGACAUUUCAACAGAUGAUAAAUAUAUUGUUACUGGAUCUGGAGAUAAGAAAGCGACAGUUUAUGAAGUUAUGUAUUAACGCCCAGAGAACUUUGAUGGUGAUAUAGUGGACCUCAAUUCUUCUCACUCACUUUCACCAUUCAAUGGCAGUAGUAAUGGAAACAACACAAACAGCAAUUAAAUUAUUCAUUUCGAGUUUAAAAAAAAAAUCAUCACAUUUGAGGACUGGAAUGGCAGUUAAAUAGAAAUUGAGACCAAAUUGUCUUAAAUGUGAUUGUUUAAAAAAUAUUGAAAGAUGAUAGAUUUUUGUAAAGUG